AUGAUGAAUGCUCGUAGGGAGAGUUGGGCCAGGAUCGCCGCUGGGUCAUCAGGGAGCAGCGGCAGCUCAUUCCACCAACCUUCUCGAUCCACGCCGUUCUCUCACCUUGGCGGCAACACCUUGGCCUCCAACCCGAACCGCCUCUCUCGCUCCAUCGACGCCGACGGCCACAUGUCUACAAGUCUUGGAAGGGGCGGCGGACCACUGCCCUCAUAUUCGAGCCAGUCUGGCCACUGGAACUCGAUGGGAGCGCCAGCUCAAGAAGUACCUCCGUUCUUCGUGCCGUCGUACCUGCGGGGAUCCAAGCAUGCGGAGAAGCUGGAAGAGGUGCACAAGAUGAAACUGGCGGCACAGCGCGAACACAAGUCAACCCAUUCGUCCAACGCGGGGUCGCUAUCGACGAGUUCGAGUAGUGUCAAUCUCCACAAGAUGGCACCUUCACACCGGGGUCUUACGCACGAGGUCAUUGAGCAUGCGCCUGUGCUUAUAGACGAGUCUAUAGCGCCCUGGCCAACAAAAUGGAACGACGGCGACCGGUUCAGUCAGCUAGAACUUGAGGACGGUGGAAGAAUGGCAAAGUUCGCAGGCACGCAGAAGACUCACGACGAAGCCGCGGCGGUCCGGGCAGAUUUCCCUAUGCCAAGGCAGUGCGGGAUCUAUUACUACGAAAUCACAGUCAUUUCCAAGGGCAAAGACGGAAGGAUGAUUGGGGUAGGAUUCUCAGGCGCCAAGGUCGCCUUGAGCAGGAUACCAGGUUGGGAGCCGGACUCGUAUGCUUACCAUGGCGAUGAUGGACAAGUAUUUAGCAAUACUACCUCUGGAAAGAAUUACGGGCCAAAGUUUGGCACAUUGGAUGUUAUUGGAUGUGGCAUCAACUUUCGGACCAAUACUGCCUUCUUCACCAAGAACGGGCAUAUGCUGGGUGUUGCUUUUAAGGAUCUGAAACCCAACAUGCCGUACUACCCUACAGUAGGCAUGAAGAAACCUGGCGAGACAGUUCGUGUAAACUUUGGCCAGGAACCUUUUGCUUUUGAUAUCGAUAAGAUGGUGCAAGACGAGAAAGCUGCUAUACAAGCAGAGAUUGCACGAACAAAAGUUGAAUCAAGCGCCGCCGGGGGUGAGGAUGCCCUGAUACAUCAGCUAGUCGGACAAUAUCUAGCUCAUGACGGCUACGUUGAGACUGCUCGAGCGUUUUCAGCUGAGAUCCUGGAAGAGGCAAAAGCACUUGCGAACGACGAAAAUGCAGAUCUUCCUUACCGGACAGCCGUUGAAGAUUUGGAUGCGCUAAAUAGGCAAAAAAUUCGUACAGCUAUUCUUGAGGGCGAUAUUGACAAGGCGCUUAAGCAUACGUAUGCAUAUUAUCCUCUUGUUCUCCGCGACAACGAGAACAUUUACUUUAAGCUCCGCUGCCGAAAGUUUAUCGAGAUGAUACGGCGGUGCGGCGAGCUCAAUGCGCAAUGCCAUUCCACACCGACAGCACCCUCAAAACGCUCAACUACUGAGGAAUAUGAUUUUGAAAUGGAGCUUGACGAGCAGUUGGGCGUACACAAUCCGCCACCCAGUUGGGACAACAAGAACCAGGACGAUGAGCUUGAAGACAAGGACGAAGAUGAUAUCGAGGAUAAAGAAGCCAAGAGUGCGCGCGCGUUAGACGAGACGAUUGCCUACGGUAUGGAGCUCAAAGCUGAGUUUGCCAACGAUCCAAGACGCGAAGUGAAGAGGGCGCUCGAAGACACAUUUGCUCUGAUCGCUUAUCCUGAUGCACGUGAGAGUAUGCUAGCGCCGUUGUUGGAUGUUGCUGGUCGUGCACCAGUAGCUGAAGAGCUCAACAGCGCGAUACUAGUCUCUCUAGGUAAAUCCUCAUCAGCCGCCUUGGAGCGCCUGGUUCAACAAGCCGAGGCUCUUGUUACGGAGCUAGCAGAUGACGGUGGCCCUGGCUCCUUCAUCAACGUACGGAAAGAUUUCCUGCAAUAG